AGCGGGUACUUCAGCUACGCCCAACCUUCGAGUCUCACCUGCCGUUAAACAUCAUGGACGACUUUCAGAGAGAGCGAGAGCGGAUGCUACGACGCCACUAUCGAGAGAAGAAAGAGCUUGUGGCCCGCAUCCAGGGCAUGAAGAACUCGGUCCCCAAGACCGACAAGAAGAGAAGAAAGCAGUUGCUCCUAGACGUGGCGCGCCUCGAGGCCGAGCUGGAGCAGAAGCACCAGCAGGAAAUGGAGACGCUCCAAGAGAGUUGCCCUGAUAACAGCAUCCUCGAUUUGGUCACAGAAGAUCUUGCCAAGAUGGAUCUUGAGAACCAGCCUCCCAGCGUGUCGAGGGCACAGAAAAGGCGCGAAAGGAGGGCAGCCCUCCAGAGAGAGCGCCAGGGGAGCUUCGCCGAGAUGGAGAUGGAGCAUCUGGCCAGCUUCCGCCGCGAGGAGGAGGAGAAGCUCUCCGCCAUCCUGGGAUCCAAGAACCUGGAGAUGAAGGAUAUCCCGACCGACCGCCACUGCAUGUACCGCGCCAUCCAAGACCAGCUGGUGUUCUCGGUGACCAUUGAGAGCCUGCGGAACCGCACCGCCAUGUACAUGCGCAAGCACGUCGACGACUUCCUGCCCUUCUUCAGCGACCCCGAAACCGGCGACAUCUUCAGCCGCGACGACUUCUUGAGCUACUGCGACGACAUCGUGUGCGGCGUGUUGUGGGGAAGCCAGCUGGAGCUGAGGGCCCUGUCGCACGUCCUGCAGACCCCCAUCGAGGUGAUCCAGGCCGAAUCGCCCACCCUCGUCAUUGGGGAGGAGUAUGCCCAGAAGCCGCUCACCCUCGUCUACUUGCAAUACACCUGCAACCUCGGGGAGCACUACAACUCGGUGAAGCCGCGCGAAGCCGGCGCCGUCGGGGGCGCGGCCCCGCGGCUCUUCUAGGCCCCACGCCGCCGCCGCCGUCACCGCUGGAGCCGCA